AUGACUGUGUGGUGGAUCCUGAAGGUUUUGAUUGUCACCUUGACCCUGCUGAGUCCAGCCAGGAGCCAGAAGAGGAGGAGGAAAGGUCAGAGAGAUGACAACCAGGUUAUCACUAAUCAGGCCAAAAGUAAGUGUGCAGAGCGAAUUAACAGAAUCUGAAAAACACAUGGAUCUGAGUAUGAUAUAAGAAUAUAUCAUACGUAUCAUAAAUGUCAUAUAAGAAAUUUGACUAAAAACACUGAAUUCUAAUUUUGAACCCUUAAAUCUCACCUUACAUAAGGAUUCUGACUUUUAUCAAACUAUUUCAUAUUUGUCUGUAUUCCAACCUCAAUACUGGAAUUCUGACUUUGAUUUAGGAUGUCCGACUUAAGCCCUUCAAUCUUGACCUUAAUCUCUGAAUUUUACUCCAGCCCCAGAAUUCUGAGUGUAAAGGCACAUUUCUGACUUUUUCCACAGUCUGAGAUUUAAUUCAGAAUCCUAAAUGAGACAGUCUAGAGUUUGAGGAUGUCCUCCUCUUGAAAACACUCUGUGGUUGAAAAUUGAGCCUCAUGUUUGUUUUAGUUAUAUUUUUGGUUGUGUUUGCCAUCGUUAGAUGUGACAGCUGAAACAGAGACAGUAAAUGUGGGAAGUAGAGAGUCAGGAGCAAAAGUUCAUGGAAUCAAACCACAGACCACCGUGAUAGUGACGCUCCAACACUGUGAGGCCAUCAGUAGCCUAGUCCUGCACUUCGAAAACUGUCUCUGUACUGAAUCUCGUCAUGUGUUAUACUAAACUACUGAACCAGCUGUCCACCUCCCUCUGAACGUCUGUUACCUGAAUGUUUUUCCUCCUUCUCAGCUCUGAUCUGCCCGGUGGAGAUUAUGUUCAUCGUGGACAGCUCAGAAAAGGCCACAUCUCUGGUGUUUGAGCAGCAGAAGGACUUUAUUUUGCGUUUCAGCACUAAGCUGAUGCAGCUGCACUCACCUGGCUGGCGUCUGCGCCUGCGCCUGGCCGCCCUGCAGUACAGCAGCACCGUGUCUGUGGAGCAUAACUUCAGGGACUGGCAGGACCUGGACGUCUUCCACAGCAGGGUGGCUUCCAUGACCUUUAUCGGACACGGCACCUACACAGCCUACGCUAUCGCCAAUGCCACACAGGUGUUCAGCAGAGAGACUUCCUCCAGCAGCCUGAGGGUGGUGCUGCUCAUGACAGACGGGACGGAUCACCCACGCAGCCCCAGUGCCAUGACAGCUGCUGCUGAGGCCAAACAACACAACAUACGGGUGUUUACCAUUGGGCUGACAGGUCUGCCCAGAGACGGACCCAUGGGUGCCAAACUAAGAUCCAUCGCCAGCGCCCCCCCUCAGCAGCACGUGUUCAGCCUGACUGAGGGCCACCUGGACAGCAGACUCUUCAACGAGCUGGUGAGACAAGAUUGUGUUAGGGUUUGAGACACUAUUUGAGGUACUCGGAUAAUGUUUCACCAGGAAGUAAACUUAACCACCAUGUUCAAAAGUGAAGCCAAAGUGGAAAUGCCUUUACGUUGCAUUCUUUCCAAUGAUCAGCAGGGGGCAAGGGUAACAAAUCAUGCUGUUCUGAAUUCAAUGAAAAAAUUGUGGAUUAAAUGACAGGCAAGCUGGCUGCUCACCGUGAACUAAAACUGAGACUUUAUUCCUUUAUACUCCUAAUAUUAUGACUUUAGUACGACUAUAUUUUUGUGACUUUUUUGUAACUUUUGUGAUCUGUUUUGUGACUUUGAUUUUGUAACAGAACAUUACAGAGACAGCAGCUAAAUCUAAGUGUUUCAAACUGAGGCUAAAAUAAAGACAUUUUUAUAUCAGAGUGAAAAACAGGACGUUUUUUUUCCUCAGAAACAAGUUACAAUUCUGAAUUAAAGUCAAAAUUCCGACUUUUUGUCUCAGAAUUCUGACAUUUAAGUCAGAACUAUGAUAUUUCUCAAAGUUUUCUUACACUAAUUUAGCGCCCCUUUAAACAUAAAUGAUUGGAUCUUGAAAAAUAGUAGCAGAAGUUUACCUUGUAACAUGCUCAGAAUCUCUCUGUCUUUUUUUUUUUCAGAACAUAAUCGUAAAAUCUGGGGUAAGUACUAUCACAUCUUUAAUUAUAAAAUACUUUUCAAAUGAACAGAUCCAACAGAUGGGCUGAAAAACUUGUUGGUAUGGUAAUAAAAGUUUGUCCUGUUUCUGUGUUUCAGUGCCCACAGCCAAAGACGUGUCUGUGUGAGAGAGGAGAGAGGGGUCAUCCUGGAGCACCAGUGAGUUUAUUACUGUUCAUUCAUAUAACUCAACCUUAUUGUCAUAUCUCUUCUGAAUCAGCCUACCUGCCUCACACUUACCUGAUUCCUCAUUCCUUUCCUGAUAGAUCGAGCUCAGUCCUGAGUUCAGAAACAGACGAUUAAAAAUGACAAAUUUUAAAACUUAAUGAAAAAUACAUGUUCAGUUUGAACCUGAUGCGAACGUAACGUCGCAAAACAAAGUUAAAACAAAGUCAUGUUUCCCAUUGUGUGUUAUCAGCUCUUCUCUUCCCAACACUCUAAACCUUAGGGAAGGCAGCAGACCAGCUUCUGGAGUCUGAAAGUCAAAUGUUGUCCCAUUCUUGCCUGAUAGAGGAUUUCAGCUGCUCAGCAGUUCAGGGUCCUCUUUUGCCCUGUUUUUAGUGUCAUGAUGCUCCAGAUGUUUUCAAUGGGGGACAAGUCAGGCAGACCAGUUUCUCAGAAGGACUCUUCUCCUACAGAGCCAUGAUGUUGUAAUCCCUGUUGCCAGAAUGUGGUUUGGGAUCAUAUGAAGGUCUUCCCUGAAAAAGGUCUUUAUCUGGAUGGCAGCAGAUAUUGCUCCUAAACCUGGAGAUAUUGUUCAUUCAUUCUUCUGUACCACUUAUCCCUUCUGGGGUUGCAGGUGGGCUGGAGCCUAUCCCAGCUGUCACCAGGCGAGAGGCGGUACACCCUGAAUCGAUUGCCAGUCAAUUGCAGGCCCACAUAGAGAGACACACAACCACUCACCCUUACUCUCAUACCUAAGGGCAAUUUAGAGACACCAGUUAACCUAAGGAGCAUAUUUUUGGUCUGUGGGAGAAAACCGGAGUGCACGGGAAGAACAUGCAAACAUCACACAGAAAGGCCCUGCCCGACUCGAGGAUCAAACUGGUGACCUUCUUGCUGUGAGGCUCAUGCACUACCUGUUGAGCUACCAUGCUGCCCCACCUGUAGAUAUUGUACAGCAUUAAUAAAGCUUUCACAGAUGUGGAAGUUACCCAUGACAUGGACUCUGAUGAUCCCCAUACUAUUAGGGAGGCUGGAUUUGGACUGGGAGCUGAGAAAAAGCCAGAUGGCCUUAUCAGAGCAGAGGAUUCAGUGUCCAUGAUUCCUAAAUCCUUUUCUACCUGGUUUCCUCUUUGCAUGGUACCAUCAGUCUUGGUUUUGGUUCUUGUCCCUUUAGUUCAGAGAUUUUUCCAGAUUCUCUGAAUCUUUGAAUGAUAUGAUGUUCUGUAGAUGAUAAAAUCCACUCAUUCUUUCACAUUUGACAAACAGGAACAUUAUUUUGAAACUGUUGAACUAUUUGCUCACACAGUCUCUCAGAGAGUGAUGAACCUCUUCACAUCCUUAUUUUUAAGAGACUCAGCCACAUUUGGUUGUUGCUCUGUUUUUGAUUAAAGAAAGAUUUAGAGAAAAUUGCAAACCAUCAUUGACAAUCGUGCUGGAAGUGGAAGUUUUAGAUCAAGUGUUGAAUGAGCUGGUUUCCUGGCCUGAAGCCCUGCAGAUCUGUGGGUACAGCUCACCGUUCCUUUGGUCUCAGGGAGCCCGGUAAGCCUCACACAGCAGCCUGUUAUCCCUGCACAGCUGGGGAGCCUCACCACCCGGGCUGGUGGCCCCCAUCAGCAGGUGCAUCUGGACUGCAUCCAAAACAACUAUGGGGGAAAGAAGUGAAAGAGCAGGAAAUGUUUCCCACAAUGCAAGUGUAGCAGGUGGUGAGAGUGGCAGCUGAAAGCGCUGUUUUCACUGCCGCCGGUGCUGACGGGAGGCGCUCAGAGGGAAGCAAAGGUCAAGGACGGAAGAUUAAACCUGAACAAACACUGAGGCUGCCAUGAUCUGAGAACCUGCUGCACCAAGGAGGGGGUUUAUGUUGGACCGGGGUCACAGACAGGUCACACUGAGAAUGACCUACCUCACCUAUGACUAUACACACACCAAUCCAAACUGUAGAGGGGCCCAAAUAUUCUCAUUCAUCUCACACAACCUCUCCUUUACUCUCAUGCAGGGAAAACCAGGCGAGCAGGGGUCUGAUGGAGCUCCAGGUCCAAAGGGAUCCCGUGUAAGUCUCCAUUGUCUCAGUAAUCCAGGUAACAGAAAGAAUCUAUGAGGUGUUGUUUGAUGAGAUGUUUUGUCUGCUCUCGGUCACUGCAGGGGGAACCUGGACUCAACGGCCGACCCGGGAUAGAGGGCCUUGCGGUAAUCAUCAGAUACUUUAGCCUCAACUAUAGUCAUGAUUGAAAAUAAUCCUAAAAAUAAACCAUAUCUAUGAUGGGGACUCUGCUUGGACUUGGGCACAGGUGAUUAGGACUUGACUUGAAUUCUUCUCUGAAGACUUGUCAGUAAAACCAGAUCUAAUACAGGUGUUAGGAGUUACUAAUCAGCUGUUUUUACCCUGUAAACAGUAUGUAUGUAACUUAGGGAAACACUUGGCUCCCUGUUUCCCCUUCUCUUUGGCUUAGCUGGACAUCUCCAAAAAAUGAGUGGAUGUCAGUAACAUCAUGGUUAGUGAUAGUCUAUUCUUUAACAAACAUUUUGGAAACUUUUAAAUACAAGAAAACUUAUUUUCUUCAGGGUCCAUCAGGCAGCAAUGGAGAGAAGGUAUGUCAUGUUUUAUGAUUACUUAUCAUGAAUAAUUUCUGCCAGAUCCAGGUUUUAGAUAAAGAUAAUAGUCUGCAGCUUGAUCAGAGGUGUUGAGAUAUUUUAGCUUCACAUACUGUAUCUGAUAUUUUCUGAUUUUCUCUAAAGGGUGAACAGGGUGAAUGUGGAGCUCCUGGUAAAAAGGGAGAACAAGUAGGUUUCCAAACUGUUUCAUUUCCCAUUUCAUUUCCCACAAUGUCUUGUUUGUUUAGGAGCUGCAUUAGAAUAAAUCAUUUAUCCUGCUUCUCCUCAGGGUGCGAGUGGAUCUCCUGGACCCCGAGGUCUCAGAGGAGAGACGGUAGGAUCUCUGAUAUCGUUAUCAUCUUUUGUACACAAUAUGGAAGUUGUUUGUAUGCCCUAACCAUGUGGUUAAACAGGGAUAAAUGUUUACCUCUGGCUCUGACACAACAGAAACACUUGAGCAAAUACAGCAAAUCUACCUCACUACAGAAGUGUUUCAUAUGACAUUUAGAGGUUCUGUCAGGCACACCACAAGGAAAAAUAACACUUUGAGCACAAAAAACUGAAAUAUCAGCUUUUUAAUUGGGUUUAUUGAGAUCAUUAAAACAUUGGGCACACCCUGCAGUUCUGCCCAGUAGGAAACAGUUAUGUUACACGAAAGUCUGACUUAAAAAGACUUCAGACUCCAUAUUUUUUGACUUAAGGAACAUAAAGUCGAAAAGCAAAAAAACCCAACAAAAAUCUGGUUAGAAACUCAACAGACAUGAAUGAAAAGACAGAGAAAAAUGUUUCAAAUAAUAACAGUAAACAACAUGUGCAGCAGUCUGGAGAAACGAUUCGUUAGAAACUGCAGUUCCUCAACUGUCCACCAGAGGGUGGUUCCAAACAUACCAGAAGCCACAUACACACUCAUUUAAAAAGCUAAUUUUUCACAGCAGACGUAAACGACUGUAAGAGAGGUGAAUUUUUGAUGAUGCAUUCAUUCAAAAAAUAAGUUCUGCAGCCUCAGAGGCUUGACAAAUGCUGCUGUUAGCUAGGAGGCUAAAACAGAAUGCCUCCAAGCCUGUAGGGGGUGCUAAAUGACACAUCCUUUUUGCUGAUGAGACAAAGCGUAAGACCAUCAUAUUGUUAACUACAUAGACUGUAUAUACUAUGGACAACUUGGUUCUGCCUCCCGCCUGUGUACAGAUUUGUAGCCAAAUAGCUCUCGGUAUAUCCGGGAUUUUUCUCUAUUUCCUGAAACCAGCGCUGCGCAGUAGCGAUGCGCACAUUCGGGCGUGCAGUCACCGGGAGUCGCUGUGAUGACCCUCGGCUCAAACAGCGUAUCCCCCGGGAGAGCUACGCAAUCCCUGAACGCCCAUAGGCUGUAUCAAGUGUCAAUUAUAGAAAACAUGAACCCCCUAAUAGCUUUUAAAAACGGAGCUGUGCAGAAAAACGAGGACUUGAGCACAAACCAGUCUUUCUGUAACUACAUGUCAACAUCACAAGCAGGGGGGAGAAAAAUUUAUGUUCUGUGUAAUAAAUUUCUAAAGUUUGUCCACAGCUCCAUAAACUUUGCUGGCGGAGGCGGGAUUUAUGACUUAAACUGCAGCCCAUCAACAGAGGGUGCUGUUCUCGGAGUGGCUUCACUCAGCAAGGAGGCAGACUCUGUCCAUUUUUUAUACAGUCUAUGGUUAACUAUCACUUAAAGGGUCGGCAGAGGUAGUGUGUUUGACAAUUAUGUCCUGCUAAACUUAACUAAUGGAAAGACAGCUGUGCAGAAGCAGCUGCUGCAAACUGUAGGUUAGCUAAAGCUUAGGUUAGCUUUGGAGCUUAAUUAGCCAUGCAGCUAGCGCUAUUAGCUACCUCAUACCAGGCUAGAGUACAAUGGCGUGCUGGUCUGAUUCAAAAAGAGAAACAGUGAACUAUUCAGACUGCAGACGAGAAGCUUACAGAAGAUAGAGAGUUUUAUUUCCUUAUCUUUAAUAUUGUUAGAGAAAUAGCCUCCAGAGUUUGAUACAGAGUCAUGAAUAAAAAUUUUCAGUGGAUAAAUCGUUUGUAUGAAGCCUGAAAGGACUGAUCUGUGUAGAUUUAAAAGCCUGUUAUUGUCUUCAUGUAGGAAUAGAAAUAUGAGAUAGAAGCUUGAUUUUAAAGGGUCAUAUCUGAGUAAGUGUGUGGUCAAGUUGGAGGAUUCCUCCCGUCAUCCUCCCAUCCAAGCUGGAGCGAUCAUGACUGCAGUGAGAGCCGCACUCUCGGGGUCCGUCUCCCGCUCUGCACUUGUGGAAUGUGAGCUGUGGAUUAGGUCUUAUCCCCCUCCUAAUGUAGCCUUUUAAAGCGGGGGAAUUCGAGCUUGUAAUGUUUGGUUGUAGUUUUAGAGCAGACGUUGUCCCAGAGGAUUAGGAUUUGGGCACAUGUUAUACAUUCCCUCUCUUCUUAAACGCUUGCUGCCCCUUCAGCUGUGCCAAUCACCAGAAAUGUCCUCCUGGUUUGUCCACAGUUCCCAUGAAAUGAUACACACAAUGUCAAAAAUGAUCACAGACCACAUUUCACACAGUUAUAGGAGCAUGACCCAUCAGCUGUGACUAUACAGCUGUCAUAUUGACCUGAAUAUACGACAGUCCUUCCAUCUAAAAUACAUAAGGAAAGGUUAAUUGUCAAGGGUUAAAGCUGGAGCAUUAGACUUACUAAUGUAUUGCAGUAUCAGCUCUAAUAAUAAAACAGUAUGACACUGUGACUGACUAUAAAAUCCACUCCAUCCGUGAGACAGGCUGCUUUACGGUAAUAUUAAGUGCUUAAUGUUAGAGGCAUUUAGAUCCAGUCUCUCAAACAUGCAGGUAAUCAAUAUUAAUUUUGUGAAGUUGUGUUUUUUUUUGGUGUUGUUUGUUGACUACCUGAGGCCAAUACUGACAUUUUGCAUGUACGUAUAUGAAUAUUACAAAUACAGUAUAAAGAAAACUUAAUUUUUGGAUUUUGGGAAGCAAGUGGAAAUUUUUGGAGAUGCUGAGUAAAGAAAAAUUUGAUGAAAACACUAAAAAAGUAAAGAGUUGAUCAUGAAUAAACAUUAAAACAACAUAAGGAUAUACAGGGCAGCUGUGACUACUAAGGUAGUUUACCACCAACGAGGUGUGACUGUGUGAGCAAAUGAACAAUGUAUCCAGUGUAAAGCGCUUCAAGGGUCUCUGAUAAAGCGCUAUAUAAAAUCUGAUGCGUUAUUAUUAGUAUUUAAAGACAUUAGCAGUCCUGUAUAAAUGUAGAAUUAAAUGAAAUUAUAAGACCUUCCUAUUAAUAUAUUUCUCACUUACUAUUCCUGACACGUCUUAUUCUGUUGAACUGUGAGGAUCCACCUACAAAAUGACAAUAAAUUUAGUAGUUGUUCUGCAAAACUAGAUAGAUAGAUAGAUAGACUUUAUUGAUCCCAAACUAGGAAAUUCUCAAAGCUAAGCUUCAUUAUCAUUAAAAUUGAUUAUUACGCCCAUGUCAUGAAAUUAAAUGGCUUAUUUUAUCACAAAAUAAUGCAAAUAAUGUUAAGGAAAGUGUCAAAAAGCUUUGUACAGGUGGUUUAGAAGCUAAUAACAGUUAAGGAUUUACCUGUUGCUAUUUCCUUUACACUUUGGAAGUUUAACUUUAAAAUAAUAAAAAACAGAUUAGCAUUUUUCUGCUGCCUGCUCAGUUUCCCCCUAAAAACACAACUGUUAGGUUUAUUUAAAGUGUACAUUUAAAGCAGAAAUCUGUGCUUGAUGUGAUUUGUUAGAAUCAUUUAAAUCUUGACGUAAAGCCAAAUCAAUAUACAUCAUGAUUCCACUAACUGAUCAAUUUACACCAAAUAGACGUAAAUAUAUAUUUUUAAAAAUAAUUGGCGACUGUGACUCCAAAUUUUCAUACUUUCACAGUCACAUUAAUAAGAUGCUUACUUUAGUUUUGUGUUGUAUGAGACGAUGUGUGUUUGAGGUUGAUGCAGAGCAAUGUUCGCAUCUGAUUUCUCAGUUCUCUGUCAAUCCAACAGAGGGCAGCAAAAGCCCACCCGGCAGGACCUCGCACUGUCAGCCUGAUGCUUGAGAAGUCAAAUUCUUUAAAAUAUUAAAUAGGAAGAUAAUCUGAUAAUCUCUGUUUCAACUUAGUUUAUAACUCUUUAUUACUGAUCUAUUCUUCUUUCUAUGAACAUUCUGGUAUUCUUAUUGUCAUGUUGAGUUAAAUUUUGACUGCAAUGACUAGAUUUCUCCUGAGAUGACAAAAUUUGAUCUGAUUCUGAUUUUAAUUUUCUUUAAUGCCUGCGUCCGUCUCAGGGAGUCAAAGGAGGAUCAGGAGACCAGGGACCAGAGGGACCACCUGGAUCUAAAGUAAGACCACAUUAAGUCAGCAUGUAGAUAGAUGAGGUUGAAAGGUGCACCUGUAAUGUUUUUCUUUUCCUCUCCUAAAGGGUGAUCGAGGACUUAGAGGGUUGCCUGGACCUCCAGGAGAUAACGGAGUUGGCUUUCCUGGGCCUAAAGUAAGUGUUGCUUUCUUUGAGUCUGAAUUCAGCAGGUGUCAUUCCUUCUCUUCAGUUCAUCUCCUUUCUUUAAUUUUGUUUUUCAGGGUGACAAGGGGAACCAAGGAAGGCCCGGUCCUCCUGGACCAAUGGGGAGGGGGGAACCAGGUACAUCGGUGAGUUCACAAAACUAAAUAAAUCUAAGUAGAUUCAGGGGAAAAUGUCAAAAAUGUGACUGAAAAGGUUCAAAUACUAAAAUACUUCAUGUCUUUAGGGUCCAGCAGGGCCUCAAGGGAUUCAAGGACCUCCUGGGUUUCCAGGGGAAGGUCUUCCUGGUCACAAGGUUAACUUCUGUUUCUUUUGAGUGUGUUCUCUGGUGUGCACAGAUAACUUUUACAUACGCUCAUACUUCUCAGUGUUUGAUAUUUUAGUGCUUUAAAGCCUUUAAGGGAGGCAGCAUAUUCACAUUUUACAGUCCUGUUUGCUCAAAAAUUUUAGAUUUAGAGUUUUGGAGUCCAUCUAAUGGCUUUAAAUAUGAUGUUAAAUCAUACCUGCCAACACUCCUGUUUUUCCUGGCAUUCCCCCGUAUUUCAGACCUAUCUCCCGCCUACCGGGAACCUCCCGUAGUUUGCAUGGUCCACGUUCAUUCAUGAAUCGGAUCACCAUAUUUGUCCAAAGUUGCCAGGUUUCCAGACAACUGAAGUUUGUCCUGUGUUUCUGCUGAGCCUCACAGACACUGGAUUGGGAAAGGGAAACAAAUGUGAGAUAUAAUAUUUACGUCGAUAGUCUUGCACCGUCUUGGAGUGAUGCGUUCAGGGCAGCCUCAGAUAAAAGAGUGCUGGAUUGCACACACAGAUGUUUCGAGAGCCUCAUACGGGAGAGCAUUUAAAACAUAUGAGGACUUAAUCACUAAUAUUAGUGGACUGAAUUAGUUUUGUAUUAGUAUUGUUAAAACAAAACAAAAAAACAUCCCGGAUUUUAUAACUCAAAUGUUGGCAGGUACUGUAUGUGUUAAGUGCCUCUCACACUCCUAGUAUUUUGUCCCUACAGGGUGAAAGAGGUUAUGAAGGUCCUAAAGGAAGCCGUGGACCUCCAGGACUCGGGUAUAAAGGUGAAAAGGUAAGGCUUAUCAUCAAACAUGGGGAGAUCUCAUUGAAAAACUCUAAAGGAUAACCUGUCUGACCUCUUACCACGCUGACCCUCAGGGAAAUACAGGAGCUGCCGGGCUGCCAGGUCUGGUGGGGUUUCCAGGUGCAGGGAUCCAAGGAGAAAAGGCAGGGGCACUAAAAACUGUUGAGUUAAUAAUCUUCAUCUUGUUACCUUUGUCAAUUUCAUACCUUCUGCCUCUCUUUUAGGGGGACCUAGGGCCAGCUGGGCCUCCUGGUCCCAGGGGACCUCCUGGACUGGGUAUAGUUGGACCAAAGGUAGUGUAACAAUAUCAGAGAAGAAAUAACUCUCUGCCUUCUGAUGGAUUCACCUCCAAGGAUUAUGAUGCAGACGUUCCAGCCUGUGUCACUGCUGUAGACCAAGACUGUCAAUGAGAGAAAAUCCUGAAGUUUUGGAGAUCGUCAUUUAAAAUCCUCAUAAAAAUUAUGACAAAGCCAAUAGAAAAAAACUGACUCAAACUUUUCAGAUCCAAAGUACCCCUUUACUGUUAAGUCACCUGUGCUUUUUUUCAGGGGGAUCAAGGUUUUCCUGGAGAGCCUGGAUCUCAGGGACAAAGAGGAGUUGGUGAACCAGGAUCAAAGGUGAGACCGUCAGAGUUCCUCUGAAUAAAAACACAUUUAAAAAAUGAGCUUAGAGAUUUUUUUUUUUAUUUUUUAGGGUGAGCCGGGGCCUGAUGGAGCCUCUGGGAUACCUGGUAUUCCUGGUGAGGAUGGAGCUGUUGGGCCAAAGGUGAGUCACUGAGGAAGGUCAAAGGUCACAUUAGUACAUUAGAAGUACCGUUUAACAACACCUUUUAAAAAUCUUAGUUAAUCACGAGUUUUCAGUGUUAAUUGCUUUUAAUAAAGUUCUUUAUUAUUAGCUUUAAAUUCAUAACUGUAUUGUAAACUGUUUUCAACAUUUUUAUCCCAUCAGAUUCUUUGGGGGCAUGAAAGUAGAACAGAAAUUCACCUUUUUUUUAUCAAAGACUUGAAGUUUCAUCUCCAUUUCUCAGUAUAGAAUAGAAUAGAAUAGAAUGGCAGGGUAUGGUACGGAAUAAAAAAGAAUAGAAUAGAAUUCAGUAAUGUGUUUACUAAUGCAAGAGCUUGCAGUGGCAUUUGGUCAUUGUUUUAGUUCAUCAGAAAUGACCUUGAGAGCUUUGUCUGCUCUGUUAUUGUGUGUUUGCAGGGGGAGAUGGGGUUACCAGGUGAGCGAGGCCCUGAGGGAGCACCUGGUAAGGGUAUCCCAGGAGAAAAGGUAAUCUUUAUAUGGAGCUGCUCAUAGGUGUCAAGAAGUAAAGAUCAGGAGCCUUAACAUAAACAGCCAGCAGUCACAAUGGUACAUACUGACAUACCUGUACCAUCUUUAGCUCCGCUGAAUUAAGUGUAUACAUGCUUACUGAACCCCUGUCCGGUCGUAUUUACCUUUCAGAGCAAAGAUAUCUUAGAGAUGUGAAAUCACACAUGCUGCAGCUUCUUAUUAAAAUCUCAGUAGUCAUGAGCAGUGAAAUGUGAUGUAAUUUUUAAAUUUUCACAGGGAGACAGAGGCGAUCGUGGGCCAAGGGGGUUGGCGGGGUCUCCAGGCCCAGCUGGACCUUCAGGAGCUAAGGUAAGUUAAAUACAGGUUUGACCUUAAGGCUGAAGGUUAAACACAGUUGUCUGGCUGUGCAGGACCUGGUGGAUAUGUGACUAAAAUGUUUCAUUUACUGUCUUAACAUUCAAUUAUGACUUUAGAUUUUACCUGUGCUUUCUGAGUUUUUAGUUAAUCACCCACUAUCACACCUACAAACUAGAAUGAGGACAAUAUUGCUUUCAAUAUUAACUCUAUCUAUCAAGUGCAAAACUUUCCUAUCUUAGGCAACUACCACAAACUUAAAUGAUUUCUGCUCAUGUCUGUAAAUCCACUAAUGAAAAAAUACAAUUAGAUCAUCUGCUCUAAAAUUAACUAUAAUAACUUAAAAAAUGUCAUUAGUAUACAAAUAAAAAUGUAGGGGCCAAAAACAGAGCCUUGUGGGACUCCACAUUUAAUGUUUGUAUACACAGAUGUAGCAGCAGGAAAUUGUCUCUCAGAUCAUGUGUUCACAUCUGGAUCGUCUAUCUCUGAUUUGUUAUGGACUCUGUUUUUCAGGGGGAACCUGGCAGCACAGGAAUGAUGGGCCCACCUGGACCUGCUGGGCGUGGCUUACCAGGAUCAAAGGUGAUGAUCCCCAUCACUUUCAAUAAGACAACAAAAAUGUCUUACCUCAACAUGAACUGAACAUUGUCUAAAGUUUUAGGACCAGUUUCUCGUGUUUACAGUCUAUGUCAGUGUCCAUGAAUACAAAAAUAGUAAGUUUGUUGUCCACCUCAUAAAACAGGGCGAUCCUGGGCCCAUUGGACCAGCUGGACCUGUUGGGGAACCUGGAGUGGGAAUCAUGGGGCCAAAGGUAAAACCAACUGAAAGUACGAUCCGCCAAAUAUCACUUAAUUUGCAGACGACUGGGGACCAGACUGCAGCUGAGUCAGUAUGCUGAUAUACUGUGCAGCACCUUUGAAAAACAUACCUCUCAGUACUGUAUGUGGACUCACCUGCAGACCAAUAUUGUUUCUUUGCAUUUUUUCACAGUACUUUCCCUCCCCUGACUGUUUAUCCUUUAGGGUAUCAAAGGAAAUCUUGGACCUGUAGGACCUCCAGGACUGAAAGGAGAUAGCUUACCUGGACCACAGGUGAAAGGAAAAAGUCUUUAAAUAAUACUGAAAGAUCAUCCCUGGAUUCACAGAUCAAAAAUGAACAAGAUCUAUAACAUACUUUCUUUGAUUUUUGGGGUUCCAUUAGGGGUUACCUGGCUUACCAGGAGUGCAAGGAGAGGUGGGACCUGAGGGGAAAGGGAUACCUGGACAAAAGGUGAGUCUGGAGGGCUUUUGUACAACUUUUAAAAACAAAUAAAAGUCAACAUGAGGGAUAUUUGCUUGAGUUCAGACUUUGUCUUUCAGGGUGACAGAGGCUUACCCGGGGUGCCCGGUCCAUCAGGUCCUCCUGGAAUUGGACUUUAUGGACCAAAGGUCAGUGUGUAUGUCAGCAUUAUGAAGGAAGUUUAACCAUUUUUUCAAAAGAAACAUUUUCCUUGAAUAUCAUAUUGAGAGUUGAUCUGCAACCAAUCUGUUUUGUUCUGCUUCUCCAGGGCUCUACUGGGCAGCCAGGUCCACCAGGCCCUUCUGGAAAUCCAGGAGAGGGCAUCCAAGGACCAAAGGUAGGCAAACCUCAAAUAGGGCUAGCAUAUUCCAGUCAGAUAUUUUGCUUGGCCAGUUAGAGGCAAGGAUGACCUGACUAAAAAGUAGCUGUAGCUGACUUACAAUAGCUGUUUGCAAGUCAGCUUAUGGCGCUUCAACUUUACCUCCUUACUUCACUGAAGGUCAAAAAUUGAGUACAAAUUUCUGGCAUUAUGUGUAGCGAUGGGUUUCGAAACUCCACUUUUGAUUUAAAUGAGUGGUGUCACUGAUGCUACAUGCAUGUCACACACAGUCUGUGGUAACAACAUGAAGUCACUAAAGGAAGUAACUUGUGAAAGACCAAAACAGAAAGGUGCAGUUUGAUCCUGCAGUAGUAUAACAUCAACUUUCAUUUGACUGGUACAAGCUGUAAACAUCCUCAAAGCUGCACUGUGCGCUCUAAUCCUGACAUCUACAUACAGGACAUAAUGAUCUAGAUUGAAAGGUAUUAUUCAGAUGUGACACAAAAUUCAUAAUUCAUAAACACCUUGCUUUUUUGAGCAUAAUGGCACAGCUUGUAUGUACAUGUCUUAUUUAAAUGUAUGCAAACAUCACUGGGGCACAGUGAUGCUUGUUGCUGGACAGUGCCGUUUGUGGAGCAUUUAAGCCUUUGCACUUUGUUGUGAAUUGGGUUAUAUGUUUUGGCUUCCAUCUUUAAUCUUUAAAUCAGUGCCUGGGAGUAUUUCUUCAGUUAAAAAGACUCUUCUCUUGCGACUGAAGUCAUGUGUUUCCUCGCUGUGGGUUAACUGACUGACGAUUUAGUCCUGCAGGGGGAACUGUUGUCUUCUUUUAGUUGUCACCCUGUCCGCAUGCAGCAAAUUGAUCAGUUCCUAUUGGUAAAACUUCAGGACACUGUUACAAGAUGCGACUCCAUGCAGAUGAUACCAUUCUCUCUUAUUCUCAGGGGGAGCCUGGAUUUCAGGGACAGAUGGGCCCCCGAGGACCACCAGGGGACGGUCUUCCAGGGGAGAAGGUACAAACAGUUACAGCAUGUGAUCAGUUAUGUGAAUAUGAAUACAUGAAUAUGAAUGCCAGUGCACCAGAGUUGUUGUAUUAAGACUAUUUUCCUCUCUCAGGGGGACAGGGGCAUCACUGGAGACCGAGGAAAGAAAGGCGACAAAGGAGACUUCGGAGAACCUGGAUCUACAGGACAAAUGGUAACAUCUCCAAGUUGUUACUGGAUAGUGCUUUAGCAUUAAGGUUCAAGGUCUGAAGAAAACUUGGUGUUAAUUGAUAAGAAUGUUUAAAAUAAAGCACGUCAGACAUUUUUAGGCUGAGAUAGAGGUCAUGAGGAUCCACUGGACACUCAAACAAGUCAUUACCAACAAGUCACUUUUUAUUUAUACUUAAAAACAACAGGAUUUAACCACAAGUCCUUAACAGGAAAUGCCAACAGGUGAGAUUCUGCUUCUGAACAGGCAUCUAUAAUUAAAGGAGCAGUACAAAAGUGUACAGGUUGUUGUUUGUAAUGAUUUGUACAAUAAAGAAACAAGUACACAGGAUGGUUGGUUUUGAUUGUUGCUUUUUUAAUGGAUUUUAUCUUGUAAUGUGACUUCAAAUUUACAGGGGAGACCUGGAGAUAAAGGAGAACCCGGGCUGACGGUGAGUACAUAUACUGACACAAACACUGCUGGGCUUUAUCUAUUUAUUUCUCAUUAAGAAAAAAAAAAAAAAAAAAAAAACAAUGUCCAAACCUAAAGAAAGCUUUUUGUCUGCUUUCUUUGCACAGAGGGAUGAAGUCGUCAGGAUUAUCAGGGAAGUCUGUGGUAAAUAGCAUAAUUUCAGUCUUACAGUACAAGUAAACUAGUUUGUGCUGAACAAUAAAUUAUUGAUUAAAGCUGAAGAAUUAUCAGAAACAUCUUCAGCAGUAGAAUAAUCUUUUGUAGCAAACUGAGUUGAAGUUUGAAACGAUUCAGCAUUUAUCGACCUGAUGUUUUGUAUUUUUUAUGCAUGUUGCGCCUGUGUGUUUAAACACUUGUAUUUUGCACAAUUUGUUCCAUUCAUCUCUGACAUCUCCCCUCCCUCAGGUUGUGGUCUACGCUGCAGGCCGAGUCCUCUGGAGCUGGUCUUUGUCAUCGACAGCUCUGAGAGUGUGGGACCUGAAAACUUUGAACUGGUGAAGGACUUUGUGAAUGCUCUCGUUGACCGGCUGACUGUGAGCAGUUCGGCCAGUCGUAUUGGUGUGGUCCUCUACAGCCACGUGGAUCGAGUGGUGGUCAGUCUGCAGCAACAGCUAAGCCAGGAGGAGGUGAAGAGCGCUGUCAGGACGAUGCCAUACUUGGGCGAGGGCACCUUCACGGGAAGUGCCAUCCACCGAGCUCACCAGCUUUUCAGGGCCUCGCGGCCGGGUGUGAGGAAAGUGGCAGUGGUUUUAACAGACGGGCAGGCGGACCCACGUGACAUCAUGCAGUUUGAAGCGACGGCGACAGAUGCGCACGAAGACGGUAUAGAGAUAUUUGUAAUAGGAGUGGCGAACAGGACGGACCGUCUGUAUGAAGAGUUCCAGGCUGAGAUGAACGCCAUAGCCUCAGAUCCUGAUGAAGAGUAUGUCUUCCUCACCGACGACUUCAGGACACUUUCCAGUAAGAAAACAUUGAGAUCUUAGUCCAGUCAACCAGCCUCAUGCUGUCGCUGACAGGCAGAAGAAAAGUUACUCAACUGUUCCCAACUGUUAGGUCAAGCAGUGUGGGAGGUGGAAAAACAGGUUUAUGUUUGAGAAAACAAUCUGAGUCUGACGCAAAUAAAAGUCUCUCUGAAUUCUGUCAGAAACUCGAUAACAAUCUGAGCCUGUAGGCAACAAAAACAAAAAUUAUUAGUGAACAAACGUUUUAGAAUUUUCAGAUCAAAGCCUUACGAUGUUAAUAAUAAUGAUGAAACCAAUAGAUGAAAAAGAUUCAAAAAACACAUUUCUAUAUAUAUUUUACAUAUAAGUUAAAUAUAUAUAAAACAAAAACAACAAUAAAAUAAAAAAUCGUUUUCACCAUAUCUCAUCAUCGACACACAGAAGCAUGGACAUACACAUUCACAAUGUACCAACAAAAAAACAGGGGAAAACAAGGACUAUAUAUGCACACAGGAGCAAUGAGAGGCAGGUGAGACAGAAACACAGGUGCAGACAAUUACUGGAAGUAAAACAAGACUAGAAACACUGGGGAUAAGCUACUACAAAAUAAAACAGGAAACACUGAAAAAUGAUAAUAGAGAAUAAAACACUGAAACAGGGUCAGACACAAACUGAAAACUCAUAAGACAAGACCCCGGGGAACAGGAGCAACAGGGCACAGAAACACUGGGGAAAAUACACUCAAAUCACAAAAUCACAGCCCCCCCCCCCCCCCCCCAGAGCCCUGCUGUGUAGGCUGGACUUGGAAAAGUGGAGAGGACAAUCACGGAAAGAGCAUGUGUGUUGGUGGAUUGCAAUGCUCGUAAAAAAGCUAAUUAUGAUAUUAACUUUGAUCAAGUCCCCAAAGACAUUUGUGUUCGAGAGCUGAAUAGCUCCUAUGUUACCUGCUACUUCUCCUACACUGACAUUGUUAGGCUGCAAGCUAGCGUGAAGAUGAGUGUGCAGAGCAGCGCUGUCUCCUCCCACAACUUAGAGGCGAAUUGCUAAUGAGUGACUGGAGCUCUGCAGAAGAAAAGCCCUUGAAAAUGACACAGGUAUUGUGAUUUUGGUAAAAACUUCACAAUGCAAUUUGAAGACCACUGACACGCUUAAAGUAGUAAAAACAAAAAACAAUAGGAGUGGGACUUUAAACAAAACAAAUACCACAGAGGGGACAUAUCAUAGACUGUAUGUCUAUGGGACGUAUCCUGAUAAAAGUCGGGGUUUGUUUAUUUACCAAGGUGCAGCUCAACUUAUGAGGGCAGUCCUACUUUAAAGCCUACAUGUCACUGAGGUGAAGCAGAGUGAAGCACUUGAAACUGAGAUUCAUUGAAAGCAAGCGAAGAAAUGAUGGUGACAGUUUCUCUGUCAUUUCACAUAUUACAGACCCCCAGUUACAUUUUUACUAACUCCUGUACGUCUUUGUUUUCCAGCUGUGGAAAGCAGAUUACUGAGUCGGAUCUGUGAACAAGAAGACACCAUGGGGUACCUCCCAGAGUCAGUUUUGGUACUUGUGGAAACUCCAGAUGCUACAAGAGACGGCAGCUUCAGACCGUUGCCAGAUGAAGAAAACAUUCAAGUAAAUCUACUGUUAUCAGACUGGGAAAGUGGUAGAGAGAAAUCUGUUAAAGUUCACUCCUUAACAGAUGAAUAUGAACCAGAAUUCUGCAUCAGUUUAAACUGAGUCCAAUCCCUUCCUUUGCAGAUUGAGCUCCCAGUGGAGAUGGUCACAACUCCAACCCCCCAAUCCCAUAAGUCUCACAAGUCUGGACAUGAAGACGGGAACCUGAUUGACUCUGAAGUCUUGGUGGACCCCUGGAACCAGCUGCCGGACCACAGGUUUGCCCCUCCUGGUGGCAGGAGGCAGCAAGGACCUGGCGUGGGCUCAGUGGUGGGUCCCCAGAUUCCAAGCGGGCGCCUGUACGAGGUGGAGAGCACUCGGGCUCCGGGGGGUCCUUCUCCUCUUCUAAUAGACUCAGCGAGGCCAGGUAAGCUCUCGGAGGAUUACACAAGACAUGAACAGCUCCAGGUGUUGUUAUAAUUUUAAUCAUAUUAUGUUAUAGUGUGUCUUCUUCCUGCUCUGAAGCCACACAAGGAUUUCAGGGGAACUUGAGAAGAUCACGAGUGUUUGGUUUGGUUUAACAGAGACAAUAAAACACACCCAUUACACUAAAUACUGCAUCAAGACAAACACUGCAGGCAAAGUCAUAUUAAUGUUUGUAAUGUCUCCAGUGUCUUGCAAAUGUAACAAAUAUAUAUUUUGGGAAAUGACCCAGCUCACACACAGACCAGGAUUCAUCUGUUUGGAGGCCUCAGUGCAAAUAUUAGACAUAAGGCUGAGAGGUGGAGUACAAAUACAGAGAAAGUUACAGACGGAUUGACCUGAAAUUUUCACCAGAGGUGCGUCUCAGCCCCAGGAGGAUCCCAUUACAUUUUGUUGGUGAUCCGGAUCGCCUUCUGGAUCCAGGAAUUUUUUGAAGGGUUCUUUAUCACUGUGAGAUAGGGCAAAUUUUGGAAUUUUUGCAUUUAACUCUAUAAAAAUGGCCAGAGUCUUUAGUAAAAAAUUACACAAAAGGAUCUCAAUGAGUUUUAUUAGGUGUCAAAGGUUGAUCCUGAUCCAGACAAAAUUCCGGAUACUGUGAGCUGCUUGGCGGAGGUCUGCGCUUUCCGAGUGCUUUUCUAGUUAAUAGUAAACAAAUGGUUCAUUGCACAUUAUCCCACCUAUUAUAGUUAAGAUGAGACAAAAUAUUGACUUAAAUAUGAUUUGACUGAUUUAAAAAUGAUUUAUUUAUACAGCUUUUAAAACAAAAAAAUACCCUCUAUGAUCCCAGUGUUGGUGAUGCUUCCAUGGUAACAGAUUCUGAUCAGCCUCCUUUUUGGGCAAAAUAGCUUUUCAUAUCAAAGCUCCCAUAAGGAACUUUUGGUUUGUAUCUAUUCUGGCACCUCCUGUGGAGGUGGAGGAGUCCCUGCCUGUCUUUUCUCUGCAUGCUAAAUCAAAGUCUUCUUAUUCGGUUGGCUUUAUAUUUGAUAUGAAUAUUUUAUGUGGUAGUUGUAAAAUUAUGGUAGCUCGGUUGAGACUUUUUAGUUUUUAUGACUGUCAUUAUCAUUGAUGACAUUGAGUAGACUUUAUAGGGGUUGAUUAUAGAUUUACAAACUCUUAUUAUUAUGGCUUGUCACACACUUGUAGGGAACAUAUCUCUAAAGGCUUAGAGUAAACUUUUAAAAAUUAAUAAGAUGUUUUUCAACAUUUAUAUUUUUAUAUUAGGACUUUAGCCUGCUUAUUUAUAACAUAAAACUGAACAUUUUCACUAAAGACAAUGUCAGGCGAGGUGGGCGGGGCUAAUGCAGGAGUACUUAUGUCAACAUUUCUGUCCUUAUUUUACUCAGAGGUUUGACGUUUACACACCUUUGAACAUAAAUGUAAAAUAUGUCACAACCUUUAACUCGGCUGCUAUUAUUUCUACCACUCAUGGUUCAGCAGCUUCAAGAUGCUCUCAUUAAUUCUGCUGCUGGUGCACGGUUUGCAGGACAAGAUGGUACUUUUCCCCGUCAGUGAUGGUUUGGGGUCCAGUAGCUCCCCAGGCUGCUCUUGCAUCAGCACCCACAGCAAAAAUAUAAAAUCAACCAUAUUCAGAAGAGAUAUAAAAUCAGACCACAUAAUAUACAUUUUCAGUUGAAUAAAAUCAGAAAAGUCUCUCCAGUAUUGAAACAAAAGAAACAGCACUGAUCAAUCAUAAAGCCAUAUAUCUCAUCUCUCCCUCCAUGUUGCUUUAGGGGAGGGCUGCAGUCAGCCUCUGGACCCAGGACCCUGCAGAGAGUACAUAGUCAGGUGGUACUAUGACCCUGAGGCCAAUGCCUGCGCUCAGUUCUGGUUCGGAGGCUGUCAGGGAAACAGAAACAACUUUGAGACUGAAGCCGACUGCAAGAGUUCCUGCGUCUACACGUAACAGAGUGUGUGGAAGAAAGUGUGUGUGUUGCAGCUUCACAGAGGAUCAGAGAGGCUGGACGAUGACGAUGGUGAAUCUCAGCACUCAGACCU